UCCACAAAUACCGUACAGCUGUUAUCUUCCACUCUUUGGUUUCAUCGACCGCAGCUUCUUCUCUCUAUCGCGGAUCCGCCAUCUCAAUCUCAAUCCCUCUCUCUCAUAAACACAGACAGUUGUUGCUGUUUGCUGCUUCAAUGGCGACAUCGUUUGGAGCAGCGACCGCAUCGGCGGGGGCCUCCGUGACGGAGAAUGCAGGAAAAAACUCCUCCUGUUUACCGUUCUGCAACCGCCAUCUCUUCCUUCGCUCCAAUUCUGUCUCUUUUCGUCUCACUCCGAGGCCCAAACUCCGCUUCUCGUCCAAGGGUUUGCAGUCUAGUUGGAACUGUUCUAUUGUAAAGUCUCAAUUGAAUAAGGUUUCCGUGGGUGGAUCCUUGAAAGCUGCAGCCUCCACUUCUUCACAAGCAGAGGUUUCAGCUGGAGCCAAAGAUGUCAAUGUAUCUGAAGAACCUACACAGACUGCUUUGGCAUCUGAAGAAUCCAUAAGCGAAUUCAUUAGUCAAGUUUCCAGUCUUGUCAAGUUGGUUGACUCUAAAGAUAUUGUGGAACUACAGUUGAAACAACUUGACUGUGAGGUUUUGAUACGUAAGAAGGAGGCCUUACCUCCACCUCCUUCUCCUCCGAUGGCAUAUUAUCAAUCACAACCUCAGCCUGCAGCACUGUCUCCUGUUUCAGCACCUUCUCCAGUGCCAGCUGCUGCAGCUUCUACUCCAGCACCUUCACCGCCCAAAGCUCAGCCUCCUAAAUCGUCGCAUCCACCUCUAAAAAGCCCAAUGGCAGGAACCUUCUACCGAAGUCCAGCACCUGGUGAACCUCCAUUUGUCAAGGUUGGGGAUAAAGUAAAGAAGGGACAGGUUGUAUGCAUCAUUGAGGCCAUGAAGUUGAUGAACGAAAUAGAAGCCGAUCAAUCUGGAACGGUAGUUGAGGUUGUUGCAGAAGAUGGCAAGCCAGUCAGUGUCGACACACUUUUGUUCGUGAUCGAACCUUAGAGCCAAUGAAGCCAAAAGCGUUGCACGGUCCAAGCAAGAGUAUUUCACUUUUAAAAAGUGGAGAGGAGCAGGAUUAAUUUAAUUUUGCUUGAUUUUGUUUUUUGCAUGAGACUAGCUAGAACAACUCGUUUAUUCAUCAGGUUUAGAAGAAGUCUAUGUGCACCCUUUGUUUUACAUUUACAGACUUUGCUAUUGUGGAGUAUGUGGUCUUUGUGCUCUCUGGUACAAACCUUACCAACUCCCUAAUGUAACUUGAGUAUUUUUUGCUUUUUAGUACUUCCUCCUGUCCCAUAAUAGAUAUCACACUUUCCUUUUUA